UCAAUGAACGAAUCCUUAUUCCUUGUGUCCAUGUGUUACUCGGGCAACUAAUGAGGAAAACGUUUACAAGAAUCAAGUUGUAAACGUCAUUAGCAACUUUUCAUUUAUUUAUCAAUUUAUAUUAAAUUAGCGGUUUGGUUUAGCCCAUUUCCCAUUAACGGCUAUGAAGAUUUCUUCCUAAAACCUUUCCGGAGUGUACUAGGCAAGAGUAAGUAACGAGUAUACCAACAGCCCUGUGUUAUCAAAAUGCCCAGCAGUGAGGUGAAACAAAGGAAGAAAACUACACCGUCAGUUAAACAAAAUGAAGAAACAAAAGAGCCGACGAAAUUGAAAGAGGAAAAAGUGAAAAAUGCUGAUUUAACGGGGAAAACAGAGAAUCGUGUUCCUUCUUCUGGAGUGGACAUGCAGACAUUAACUUGUCUUUUAUCUUUAAUUGUGUCUCUUGCGCUUACUUGGUUUGUGUUGCAGCAAGCCACAAAGUUUGCAGAUGUGGAAGAAAAGUACAAUGAGUUGUACAAGAAAACUAGGGAUAUCCAGAGUCUGGAAAAUGAAAUCAACCAAGUUUCUAAAAAGCUCGAGUCCUCUGAAGAUCUUCAGGAAGCCCUUUCCUCCGUCUCCUUGGUAACCACGUUGGAGCAUGACGUCUCUGGUCUGCAAACCAUCAUAAACAUCAUGCAAGACAACGAACGGUCAGUAUCGCAAAACAUGCAAGACAUAAACGAACGCUUUCAAAAUGUGACAGACCUCUGGAAAAGCAGCUUGGACCAAAUCAACCUAGAUCUCGGGAACCUGAAGUCUGAAACCAGAGUCAUACACAACAAGGUAACCACAAAGAUCAAUGAGGCCGAGAAGAACUUGAAGACACUUUCCGUGGCCUUAGAAGACUUGGAGGACAGCACCAAGAGAAAUUCAAGAGUCCUUCAGCGCAAUGAGGUUGAAGAAGUGGUGAAAUUUGAAAAGCAACUGGACUGGAACACAAGGCAGAUACAGAAACUGGAGGAACAGGGGGUGGUGAUGGUCAACAAAGAUUCAGAGCUGAUGGAGAAGCUUGCAGACUACCAGCCAAAAAUGGAAAAGUGUGAGGAGCAGCUCCCAACUGUGGAGAAUGCUGUUGCCUCCAUUCUCAAGAUGUCUUCUGAACUGAUAAACACGGAGAAGAGAAUAGAGGAUCUGACCGUACAGGUGUUUAACAUGGAGGACAAUAUGCUUAAAGUUGUAUCUGAGAUCUUGGAAAUAAAGAAAGCUCUGGACAUCCUGCAGGUUGAUAAUAGCAUUCUGAAAUUAGCAAAUGACUUGGGUGUUUUGAAAGAAACGGUGAAGGAAUUUGAUAGAGCCCGAAAAGAAACGGCAGUAAUCCAGGAAGAACUGAACACUGAACUUUAAAAUUGAUAUCAAGGAAAUGAUAUAUUGUAGAUGCCACUGUUAUUUCUGUGUUAUCAUUCAGUAAGAAUAUGUUUAUUUCAAAGUCCGGGAGGGGACAUGAGAGAAAAAAAUAUGUCUUGUGCACACGUUUUGCUAUCUCAUGGCUGCAAGAAGUCUUGUGCACAA